GAAGUCGCUGAAGCCAAAAGCGCAAGAGAAAGCCGAGAUGCUGAAAGCGCGAGGAGAGCUGGUCCCCUACGACGUGGACAAAGUCCUGCGGGCUGAAACGGUCGGCGACUUCGACGACGCUUGCGUUGCGCCCCUGUAUGGCUUCAAAGACAAGCUGGACUACUAUCGAACUCAGGGAUGCAUGCGUUUUCUGAAAGAUGUUCGAGUGCCAGUGCUGGCAAUGAACGCCAAGGAUGACCCUUUGGUCGAUGCAACGAGCCUUCCCACUGAAGAGCAGGUGUCUGAAGCUGUUCUUCUGUACUACCCCGAGUUUGGCGGCCACUGCGGCUUCAUCUCAGAU